AUGCCUCAAAUAAUUGCUCAGUCAUAUAAUAGGGAUAUUAGUGACGAUGAGGGAAAACUGAGGAUUUCAAAAUCUGGUUAUUAUGAGCAACAAAGAUUAGCAAAACAAAAAUUUAAUGCAGUAAUUAUUGAUCAACAUGAUAGCGAUGGUGAUUCAGAGCCUUUACUUCGCCCACGUCUGAAAACUGAAAAAGAAAAACAUUAUGGUUAUGAGAAGAGAUUGUCGGAAUUUUUAGCAAAAAAUGAGGAAAUUAAAUAUCACGAUUGGUUACGGGGACAAGAAAUUGAAGGUAUACCUGACGUAGAAGAACUGAAAGGACUUAAAGAAGCAUGGAAUGAUAAAAAUCUAGACGAAAGUGAAAGGUUUCUGCGGGAUUAUUUAUUGAACAAACAAGUUCCAUCUUAUGACGAAAUUGUGAAUCUCGAAGAAGAUGAAGAAGAGUUUGAGCGAGAAAAUGAAUUCGAGCGAAAAUAUAAUUUUCGCUACGAAGAACCUGAUAUAGAUUUUAUUAGACAAUAUCCACGCACAAUUAAGCAGUCGUUGCGGAAAAAGAAUGAACGUCGAAAACAAAAAAGAGAGUCUUAUAGGGAACGCAAGAAAAUGGAAAAACAAGCCAGAAAGGAUGAGAUUAAGGAGUUAAGAGCCUUAAGAAAAGCAGAAAUUGAAGAGAAAUUGAAGAAGCUAAAGAAACUUACAGGAGAUGAUGAUCUACCGCUAAGCGUAGAUGAUUUAGAGGCAGAUUUUGAUCCGUUAGCUUACGAUAAGCGCAUGGAAGAAGUCUUCAAUUCCCAGUAUUAUGCGAAAAAUGUUGAAGAUGAAGAAAAACCUGUUUUCUCCAGUACUUCAGAUGGAUCAAGUGAUGAGUUUGAUUGCGACACUUUUGACGUUGGUGAGGGGAAAAAAAAAGAAGUCAAGCAGAAAAUUAAAGGUCAUGAUGAUGCUGAAAAUUGCAGUCAAAGCAAGCAAGCAAGUCCCAGAAAAAGAAAACGAAAUUCGCGUUUUUUGAAAGCUGUAUUUAAAAAAAAGCCAUUAUUUAGUUCAGGUGAAAAGUCGUUUGAAGAAUAUUUUAACGAAUAUUAUGGUCUGGAAUAUGAAGAUAUAAUUGCUGAUGGGUUGAUAACAAAAUUCAAAUAUCGUGAUGUAAUAGCCAAUAAUUUUGGACUUACAGUUGAUGAGUUGUUAAGUGCUGAUGAUCGGCAGUUAAAUGCUUGGGCCUCUUUGAAAAAAGCUACAGCUUAUCGUUCAGAAGCUGAAGAAUGGUACGAUGUGAAAGCUUACGAAAAGAAAGCCUUAAAUAUUGAAAAGAAAAAAAGGAUUUUCAGCACAGAUUUCGGAGGAAAGAAGUCUAAGAAACUGUCUGAGAAUAUUAGCAACGCAACCAGUAGUGUACAAACAAGUAAUAUAAAUAAAAAAAGAAAUAGACGAAAAAAAAAGCAUAUGAAAAGCAAUCACAAGUUGUUGUGUGCAGCUGUUCAGGAAACUAGCGUUGGAACAAAUAAAUCGAAGAUUGGUUCAGGAAGAAUUCAUAAAAAAAAUGAAAAUUAUGGCAAAUUUGAAGAGUUUAGCGCAGCAGUUGGCAUCGAUAAUGAUAGACUUCGUGCUUACGGCAUUAACCCCAAAAAAUAUAAAAGCAAAUUAUUCCAUCGUCAGUGGAAUUCCUUACGUAAAAAUGAGAAUCCGUGA